UAUAGCUGGAGCAGAGUGAAAGCUGUCUGUGUUGAACAUGAAGACUCCUGGAGUUGUGCUGCUGUUGCUGUGGUCUGGUCUGGUUGUGGUUGCAGCAGAGAGUGGACGCACAAAUCUCCAGGAUGAAGCUACAGUUGCAGCCACCACCCAAGAGAAAAGCAAGCCCGACAUCCACACUGCGCUGAGAGAGAUGAGCGCUCUGAUAGCGGAGCAGAGAGUGGAGCUCAGAUACACUAAGACACAAAUGGAGGCCAUGGAGACCAGACUGAGGGCCAGUGAGGAUGAAAUAAUGAAUCUGCAGAAAAGGAAUGAAGAGAGUAAAGUGUCUUUUUCAGUCUCACUGGAACCAAACACAAACAGAUACACAGGACCCUUCAAUACUGGAACAACCCUGGUCUAUAAACACAUUAUUACCAACAUUGGCAAUGCGUACAACUCCAACACAGGGUUCUUCACAGCUCCGGUGAAGGGAGUGUAUGACUUCAGUUUUUAUGUCUAUGGGCAUAGCCGCUCAACCCACAUGGGAGCACAUCUCGGCAGGAAUGGGCAGAACCUCGUGAUGGCGUUCACCAGUCUUGACAGUGGCACCAUAAACGCAUCUAAUGGUGCCAGUGUGUUGUUGGAGGUGGGAGAUGUGGUGAGUGUUUUCCUGCCUGCCAAUCAUAGGAUAUAUGAUAACGCAAACCAUCACAGCACCUUCAGAGGUCACCUGCUGUUCCACGUCUAACAGACACUGCAGUCAGUCAGCUGACUAAUUAGGAAGUGUGAUACCUGUAUUACCAAAAGGGAUAAAACACAAACAUACACAAACACAAACAGAAAUUAGAUUAUGCACGCCUGCUAGCUAGCUAUAUUGGGUGCUUAGUUUUCAUUGUGUGUAUUUCAGAUGACAUUCUGUCAAACUACACUAUAUGGUGAGUUGAUUGCAUGAAGUUGUCUGUCUGUUUGAUUUUUAUCAGCUGAGUAAUAGUCCUUAACAGAACAGUGUAGAGGAAUGUAUACAUUUCACAUGAAGCAUAUGUCAUAACUCAUCAUGUAUUGCAUCACAUGCUGUAGGCUACCUGUCUGUAUAAAAAUGAAAAUGAAAGUUUCAAACAUUAAACAACUGUUCGUACAGAUUAACUAUAAGUAACAUUUCUAAUUGCUAGUAAAUUACUAAAAGCUAAUUUUCACAUCUAAAA